UGAAACCAACAAAACUAAUCUUUAGAUGCUUUAGCCGUGUACCAGUAGUCGGAUGGCAAGAUAACUGAUCUAGCUAUAUGCACCAGGCAGGGAAUGUUGAACAUGAUACUAAUACGGGGUCGCCAACUCAACAGAUCCUCCUGUCGUGGAUAUCAUUGGGGAUCGGAUGCCCAUAUGUCUGGCGGCGAGUUGCAACGGAAGCAUCGAAGAAGCUCGCAAAGCUCAAGCUUCGGACGAGUCACGCGCUCCGUCACACCCCCUGGACGAGGCCCACACUAUAAAGCUAACCUCCCCGCCUUUCUUUCUAUUAUUCUGCACCUAUUCUCAACCGCCACGACACACCUUUCUCUUACUGUCAAUAGGUACCCUUGUACCAAUAUCAUGUCGCUCUAUAAGACAAUGCGCUGUCGUGUACGUACCUCUCCCAAGUUCAAUCUUGAUCGAUCUUCCGCUGACGCGUCAGACGCGUCCACCGGUUUGCCCGCUGUGUUCACAGUAUUUUGACGAGCAUGGUAAAGGUAUAAAGCCAUUCUGCAACCAAGGGAGUCGUUGUCGGUACGCGUCAUGCUAUCCAUCUCGGCAUGUACACGUCCUAACUUGGCGAUCUGCAGGUUUAUUCACCCAUCUGAUCUUCAAUGGGAUAAAGGCCGCGUCAACCCCGAAAAGUCUGCUUAUAAUGAUACCAAAUGCGAAAAAUCCAAGACCAAACCGAAACACAAGCCAAAAGCGUCAUCGACAAGUCCUUUACAACGAGGCCCUCGUUCAUCGCCACUCGUGCCACAAUCUGACUUGUUCAGGCGAAAUCAUGGGGAGCUCGAUAGAGAGCGCGGUCGCGACCGCGAAGUAAAACCUAUUCAGCGUGACCGCCGUGAUAGGGACUUCGAUUCAUGGGAGCGUUAUGUGCGCGAGCGCGAUCACUCCAGGGAUUUCCGAAGGUCUUCCCGGGAGAGGGCUGACGAAGAGAGGGCAUUACAUUCUUCAAAGCGAUCUAAGAGAACCGAGGGGGUCAGUACUCCAUAUCGGCUCUACGGACGACAAGAUCUAAUCUGAAGGAUAUCAGCAUGCAAUCCGGCCUUCAGUUAUGGAAUCAGGUG